AACACGCGAUUCGUUGGCAGAUCGUGUCUUCUGUUUCGCAUACACACACAGAAGUAUAUACGACUAAUCAGCGGCAUACACAGAGCAGGAACUAAUACAAGGGCGUGCACCCCACCAUUCUCGUACAUGAGAGCGUAGCAGCGGACCGGCCGAUAAAAUGAAUGAGAAUGAUAAGUCAGUUAAGUGCGAGAACUCCGCCGAGGAGGAGGAGGACGAGAUGUUCGAGCGCGAGCUGGCCGAAGACGCGCAGUGGAAGCGAAUUCAGCAAAACACUUUCACGAGAUGGGCAAACGAACGGCUGAAGGCGGUAAACAAGCACAUUGGCGACUUGGAAUGCGACCUGUCCGACGGUCUACGGCUGGUGAGCCUCAUCGAGGUACUCUCGCAGAAACGAUUGCCGAAACACAAUCAGCGGCCUACCUUCCGCUCCCAAAAGUUGGAGAACGUAUCUGUCGCUCUCAAGUUUUUAGAGGACGAGGGCAUUAGGAUCGUCAAUAUUGAUUCUUCGGACAUCGUAGACUGUAAACUGAAAUUGAUACUUGGCCUAAUAUGGACCCUAAUUCUGCACUAUUCGAUUUCAAUGCCCAUGUGGGAUGGUGAUGACGGUGAGGACAAGGGAGCGACUCCAAAACAAAGACUAAUGCACUGGAUCCAGUCGAAAGUACCAGAUAUACCGAUCACAAACUUCACGUCUGAUUGGAACGACGGUCGUGCUGUUGGCGCGCUCGUUGAUGCUGUAGCACCUGGUCUUUGUCCGGACUGGCAAGAUUGGAACCCUAACGAUGCAAUUCAAAACGCAUCAGAGGCUAUGGGCCUCGCUGAUGAUUGGCUCAAUAUUCCUCAGCUCAUUAAACCUGAAGAGAUGGUAAACCCGAACGUGGACGAGAUGUCAAUGAUGACAUAUCUGUCGCAAUAUCCCAAUGCGAAGUUAAAACCAGGUGCGCCUCUGCGCUUACGCACAAAUCCGAACAGCAUCCCGCCGCCGCGAGUACGCGCUUACGGUCCCGGUAUAGAACCAACCGGUCCGAUUGUAGAUGCGCCAGCUAACUUCACUGUGGAAACCUUUUCUGCCGGCAAGGGUAACGUCGACGUCAUUAUUGACGGUCCUAAAGGAAACAAGCUACCGGUCGAUGUUAGAUUCAACAAGGACAGAAACCUUACAUAUUCUGUGUCGUACACUCCAAAGAUGGAAGGUCCGCACAAAAUAAAAGUGCUCUUCGCCGGCAGAGAGAUACCAAAAAGCCCAUACAUCGUUAAUGUUGAAGGACAUGCUGGUGAUGCGAGCAAAGUUACCGCAAGCGGGCCAGGUUUGCAAUCGGAAGGAGUUGUGGUGAAUAGACCUACCUUCUUUGAUAUCUUUACAAAAGAUGCAGGCCGCGGUGUACCGGAAGUUAUCAUCUUGGAUCCGCAAGGUAACAAACAUUCAGUGCCUGCGAAAGUGCGCCAGACGUCGCCAGACGUUUGGAGAUGUGAGUACGUGUCGCCGACGACCGGUCUGCAUUCUGUCAAUAUUUUCUUUGCUGGCAAGCCUAUACCCGGAAGCCCCAUUGGCGUCAAUAUCGCACCGAUUUCCGACGCAAAGAGAUGCAGAGCGUACGGACGAGGAUUACUGCCUACUGGUGUCCGUGUCCAGGACAUCGCCGACUUCAUUGUUCUGACUAAAGACGCAGGUGAAGGUGUGCCCGACAUUCGCGUAAUUGGUCCAGGAGGCGUCAAUCGACCGGUGCAAAUGUCCAAAACGGACGCUGCAACUUACAAAUGUCACUACACGCCGGUAAAAGAAGGACGUCACGUGGUGAUGAUCACAUAUGGCGGCAAGGAAAUUCCCAAGUCGCCUUUUGAAGUUAAUGUUGGUCCUUACAAGGAAUCUAACAUCAGGGCUUUCGGACCAGGCCUGUACGGUGGUGUCGUUGGCCACCCUGCAAAAUUCACAGUGGAUACGAACGGUGAGACCGGCGCCCUUGGUUUCUCUAUUGAGGGUCCAUCCAAAGCAAAGAUUGAGUGCAAUGACAAUGGCGACGGAACUGCCGACGUUUCUUAUCUACCCACCGCACCGGGUCAGUACGCGGUCCAUAUCCUCUGCGAUAACGAGGACAUCCCCAAAUCGCCUUAUAUCGCGACUAUCUCAUCAAAGGUCGAUUUCGAUCCCGAAAAGGUUGAAGUUCAUGGGCCAGGAAUUCAGUCAGAGGGUGUUGCCAAAGAUAAACCAACAUAUUUCACGAUAGAUACGAGAAAAGCUGGUCAGGCGGCUUUAGAAGUUACUAUUCAGGACGCUCUUGGACGAGAAGUUCCGUUUAAGCUGGAUGACAAGCGAGACGGAACUAUUCAAACGCAUUACACACCUAUAUCUAGUUCCCAGCAUAUUGUAAUGGUAAAUUACGGCGGAGUGGCCACAAAAAAAUCUCCGUACAGAGUUAAAAUAGUUGCGCCCUUAAAUCCUGCUAUGGUUUCCGCCUUUGGUCCUGGUCUUGAGAAAGGCGUUAAAUCAAACGUUCCUACACAUUUCAACGUCGAUUGUCGAGAAGCUGGUCCUGGUAACUUAGACGUUAGUUUGCUGAAUCCCGAAGGCCGAGAACUCCCAAUUUCUCUGACAGAUAACGAAGACGGCACUUACACCGUUGACUAUAUGCCACCUCAGCCAGGAAACUAUAUGGUUAAUCUCCUUUAUGGCGGCUUAAAAGUUCCUCAAUGUCCUAUUAAGGUCAAUGUUCAACCUCACGUGGAUGUGUCUAAAGUUAAAGUGGACGGCUUGGAACCAACGGCUCCGGUAAACAGCCUGCAGCAGUUCCGCGUGAUAACGCAGGAAGCGGGCAGAGCGGCGGACUUCCAGGUGGCGAUCACCGCACCGUCUGGCAAUCGCGUCAAAGCGCACGUGGUGCCGACUCACGAGGGUUACCUGGUCAACUUUACACCCACUGAGCUGGGCGAGUAUCUGCUGGGCAUUAGUUUUGGUGGCGAGCCGAUCUCAAACCAGCCCUACCGACUCACCUGCGUCCAUGGCUCCGAUCCAGGCAAAGUACGGGCUUCCGGUCCCGGUCUCUCCCACGGUGUGGUAAACAAACCGGCCGAGUUCGUGAUCGAUACACGCGGCGCCGGCCAGGGUGGCCUUGGCGUCACCGUCGAGGGUCCUUGCGAGGCUGCCAUUAAUUGCAGAGAUAACGGUGACGGUACGUGUUCCGUCGCGUACUUGCCCACCGAGGCCGGCGAUUACGGCAUCAACAUCACCUUCAAUGAGCAGCACGUACCGGGCUCGCCCUUUCAAGCCAUUGUUGUCCCGGAUGCGGAUCUUUCCAAGAUCAAAGUCAGCGGCAACGGCAUACAGUCACACGGUUUAUAUGUGAACAAGCAAGCAACGUUCACGGUCGAUGCACGAGACGUCACCAAGUCAAAGACCGAUGAUGGAAAAAUGUCGUGUACAAUAAACAAUCCCAGUGGCGGAAAGACUGAGAAGCUCAUCGUCCCUCAGGGCGAUGGUACUUACCGUAUCAGCUACACGCCUUUUGAAGAAGGCUGUCACACUAUUGAUAUUCUUUACGACAAUGUACCCAUCCCAGGUUCGCCAUUCUCGGUAAACGUUCAACGCGGCUCUGAUCCUAGCAAAUGUCGGGCAUAUGGUCCGGGAUUAGAAAAAGGCAUCGUGAACAAGACAAAUCGUUUUACUGUGGAAACUAGAGAGGCCGGCAAUGGCGGCUUAGGCUUAUCGAUUACGGGUGACGGAGAAGUUAAAGCGGAAGCCAAGGACAAUUAUGACGGUUCCUGUACCGUCGAAUAUGUUCCCACAGAACCCGGUGACUACGAGAUAGGCAUCAAGUUUGCCGAACAAGAUAUACCCGGCUCGCCAUUUAAGAUCGAAGUUAUAUCAGACUCGGAAGCGAAAAAUGUGAUUGCCUAUGGACCGGGUUUGCAAUCGGAGAUGGUGCGCGAAAAUAUAUCUGCCAAAUUUACAGUUGAUACGUCCAAGUGCGCUAAAGCAGCACAACUGGAUGUUAGAUUAUCGACUGACAGGGGUCAGGCGCAAAAGCCGCAGAUCAAGAGCAAAGGUGACGGCUUGUACGAGGUGACAUAUCAACCACCACCUGCCGGAAGCAACGUACAUAUCGGCGUUACUUAUGACGGUGAGGACAUUAACGACAGUCCGUACAAGAUAAAAGUCUUGCCCACUGUCGAACCUAAUAAGGUAACUUUGUCUGGUCCUGGCGUAUCGCCUGUCUGCACCGCUUCCUUCCCCACUGACUUUGUUGUGGACACCUCCAACGCGGGAUAUGGCGACCUCGAGGUCCAAGUUGUGGGACCGGACCAAGUGCCGCGUAGGGUAGAGAUACAAGAUCUCGGCGAUGGCAAGUAUAAAGCUACUUAUCUGCCGGACGAUUGCGGUCGUUACAAAGUCAACGUAAAAUACGGCGGCAAGGAAGUGCCAAAUAGUCCGGUAAAUGUGCAAAGCGUUUCCACCGGCAAGGCGGACCAAUGUAAGAUCAAAGAAGGGAUUCAGCACACUUUGGCCCAGGGCGAAGAGUACUGUAUUACUGUGGACACCGAAAAUGCAGGCCGCGGUGCAGUGACCUGCCGCAUUCGCUCUACUUCUGGAAGUGAAGUCGUUGACAUUGACAUAGAAGACAACGGCGAUGGCACGGUCAACAUAUAUUAUACUGUCGCUGAUGCAGGAGAUUAUACUCUGAAUAUCAAAUUUGGCGGUCAACCGGUGCCUGAUGGAUUUUACACCUUCACGGCAUCUGAAGAGUAUCGGGAACAUAGCACGCACAAAACACAACGAGCUCGUAAAUCGCGGCAGAAACAAAAUCAACACGUCGUUGAACAGCGCACUACAACUCUACAAGAAAGCUCUACAGUCACCACAAAACGCAGUAGUCAACAGGAUUUAUCGAAGAAGAAUUUCAACGUUAUUCGAUUGAAUUCCAUCCCGUUACCUGUCGCUAGUGGUGGCACAGUUACCUCUGAAGUAAAGAUGCCCAGCGGAAACGUGGACAAGCCAGUAAUCGAAGACAAUCACGAUGGCACGGUAUCCAUCAAGUACGAACCGAGAGAAGAGGGUCUUCACGAACUGAUUGUGAAAUUCAACGGCGAACACGUGCAAGGUUCUCCUUUCAAAUUCCAUGUUGAUUCUUUGGCGAGCGGAUAUGUAACGGCGUACGGACCGGGCUUGGUGUAUGGAGUUUGUGGUGAACCCGGUAACUUCACCAUCUCGACGAAAGGAGCCGGCGCGGGUGGUCUCUCUUUGGCUGUUGAAGGUCCUAGCAAGGCUGAAAUAAGCUGUCAUGACAAUAAAGAUGGCACGGUUUCGGUGUCGUAUCUGCCUACUGCACCCGGAGAAUACAAGAUUACUGUUAAAUUCGGCGAUAAGCACAUCAAGGGUAGUCCUUUUGUCGCCAAAAUUACGGGCGAAGGUCGCAAAAGAAAUCAGAUCUCCGUGGGUUCCUCAAGUGAGGUACAGUUGCCGGGUAAGGUGUCCGAUGCCGACAUCAAGUCUUUGAACGCAUCUAUCACGGCACCUAGUGGCUUGGAAGAACCGUGUUUCCUAAAGAAAAUGCCGAGUGGCAACAUGUGUGUUUCGUUCACCCCGCGCGAAGAAGGCGAGCACACGGUGAGCGUUAAGAGGAUGGGUAAACAUAUACCCAAUUCUCCUUUUAAGAUCGACGUAAAGGACCGCGAGGUCGGUGACGCGAAGAAGGUUAAAGUCUCUGGUCCUGGCCUAAAGGAAGGCAAAACUCACGUAGAAAACAAUUUCUCGAUCGACACGAGAAACGCUGGCUUCGGUGGUCUCUCUCUAUCAAUGGAAGGCCCGAGCAAGGCCGAAAUUCAAUGCAAGGAUAACGAAGACGGUACUUUGAAUAUCUCUUAUAAGCCCACCGAGCCCGGUUACUACAUCAUGAAUCUCAAGUUCGCGGACCAUCAUGUCGAAGGCUCUCCUUUUACCGUUAAAGUCAGCGGCGAAGGUAGCAAUCGGCAGAGGGAAAAGAUCCAGAGACAACGGGAAGCCGUGCCGAUCACUGAAGUCGGCAGUCAGUGCAAGCUUACCUUUAAAAUGCCCGCAAUCACGUCCUUCGACCUUGCUGCCACCGUUACAUCGCCUGGUGGCGUCACCGAGGACGCCGAGAUCAAGGAGGCUGAGGACGGUAUCUACGCAGUGGCGUUCGUGCCUAAGGAACUCGGCGUGCAUACCGUGUCUGUACGAUACAAAUCUAUGCACAUCCCCGGCUCGCCCUUCCAAUUUACGGUAGGUCCGCUCAGGGAUGGCGGCGCUCACAGAGUUCACGCAGGUGGACCUGGUUUAGAGAGAGGAGAGCAAGGUGAACCUUGCGAGUUCAAUAUCUGGACAAGGGAAGCGGGCGCGGGCACUCUCGCUGUCUCCGUCGAAGGACCUAGCAAGGCGCAGAUAGACUUCAAGGAUCGCAAAGAUGGCAGCUGUUAUGUUAGUUAUGUCGCUAGCGAACCUGGCGAGUAUAGAGUGGGAAUCAAGUUCAACGAUCAACAUAUUCCCGAUUCGCCGCACAAGGUUUACAUCUCGCCGGCGAUGGGCGACGCGCACAAGCUCGAAGUCGCACAGUUCCCUGAAAACGAAGUGCAGCCUGACAAGCCGUCCACCUUUUUGGUGCGCAAGAACGGCGCCAAGGGUGAUCUGUUCGCGAAGAUUGUGUCACCGAGCGGCGUUCAGGACGACUGCUUCAUCCAGAGCAUUGACGCGGACACGUACUCGGUGAGAUUCAUGCCGACGGAAAACGGUGUUCAUCAGAUUCACAUAAAAUUCAACGGAGUACACAUCACAGGCAGUCCGUAUCGCAUCAAGGUCGGUAAGGUGGACGCCGAUCCGGCGGCGUUACACGCUUACGGCAACGGUCUGAAGGAGAUCAAAACUGGCCAGAAGACCGACUUUAUCAUCGAUACCUGUAACGCAGGCAGCGGUGCAUUGGGCGUCACUGUUGAUGGGCCCAGCAAGGUCGCUAUGGACUGCACCGAGGUUGAGGAAGGUUACAAGGUCAGAUAUACGCCCUUGGUACCUGGUGAUUAUUACAUCAGCAUCAAGUACAACGGCUAUCACAUCGUGGGCUCGCCGUAUAAAGUUCCUUGCACAGGUGCUGACUUGGCGGAGAGAGGCGCGCAAGAGACAAGCUCAAUUGUUGUCGAAACAGUGCAGAAAAUAUCGAAAGCUAAACAGACUGGACCAGUAUUGCCAUUAUUCAAAUCUGACGCGAGCAAAGUGUCAAGCAAAGGCAUGGGUCUUAAGAAAGCGUACUUAGGAAAGCAAAAUCAAUUUACUGUAAACGCCGGAGACGCCGGUAACAACAUUCUCUACGUGGGUGUUUAUGGACCCAAAGGACCAUGCGAGGAAGUCUUCGUGAAGCAUACAGGUCGCAACAACUACAACGUGAGUUACCUGGUGCGCGAACGAGGCGAGUACAUCGUCAUUGUCAAAUGGGGUGACGAUCACAUCCCUGGAUCGCCCUAUAAAGUCGAAGUUUAGAUUUCCAGCAUCCAAAUCAAACGCGGCGUGCAUUUGCAGCCGCAAACCUGAGCUACAUAUUUUGAUUUUUUAUGUAAACUAGACGGUCAUAGGAUUACUUGUAUAACUUCGCCAAAUCAGAAACGAAUUAAGUGCCAAUCCAAACUUUGUGUAUACUCGUAUGUGAUUCAGUAUCAAUAAUUGGCGAAACAAAAUCUGUACCUAUGAACGAUCUGAUUUACAUCGAAACAACGGUAGCAUUGCUCGAUGUUUAAAAUAGUAGACUUAACUUAAGAGACAAUUGUCGACGCUGACGAUAAAAUCGCGAUAUGACUUCUUGCCAACAUAUAUAUAGUUAGUUUACUCAUUUUUCCAAAAUUCUGGGGACAAUUUUUGACAAUAUAGAAUUAUUAAUUUUCUUGUCUGAGACAGUAGAGAGCCCGCGAAUAAACGUCACGAGAAUUUAAAUAACGAUAAAAAGAAAUACGUAGGUCAAUUAUUCGUUCGUUCAAAAUCACCAAUUGUGCCUUUUGAGUCGACACAAAUAUACUUAAAAAGAGAGACAUUUAAGUAUAUUUAAAGAGACAUAUUACACAAAGACACAUUGUAAAGAGAUGCAUGUUAUUCAGAUCCUGAUUACAUUACGUUAUAUAUGUUAUUAUCGGUUAUUAUAGAUUAUAUUAAAAAUA